AUGGUGUUCUUUCUAGAUUAUCUGCAACACCGCCGAGACUGCCGGUUCAAGCAGGAUGAGCGGGCGGAACGCAUCCGGUCGCUGACGGCGUACCACGGCCCUCUCACGGCCGCGGACCGGGAGACGGUGGCCAUGCCCAUCGCGGACCUGGUGCGCGGCAUCCGGAGCGGCACGACGGCGCCGCUGUCGGUGCUACGCACCUACGGCCGGGUGGCCCUCCGCGCCCACGAGAGGACGAACUGCCUGACCGAGGUCAUGCUCCCGUCCGCCGAGCGGUGGCUGCUGGACGGGACCGUCAACCUGCAGGGCCCGCUGGCGGGCGUCCCCGUCAGCCUCAAGGACACCGUCGUCGUGGGCGGGUACGACGCCACGGUGGGGUACAGCCGCUUCGUGGGCAACCGGACGGAGCGCGACGGGCCCAUGGUCCGCCUGCUCAAGGACGCGGGCGCGGUGCCGUACGUCAAGUCCAACCUGCCCAUCACGCUGCUCAGCUUCGAGAGCGCAAACGACGUGUGGGGCCGGUGCGCGAACCCGCACAGCCGGGCCCACACGCCGGGGGGUUCGACGGGCGGCGAGGCGGCGCUGCUGGCGAUGGGGGGCCGGAUCGGCGUCGGGAGCGACGUGGCGGGCAGCGUGAGGGUGCCGGCCCACUUCUCGGGCUGCUACAGCCUGCGCUGCUCGACGGGGCGGUGGCCCAAGGCGGGGAUCCGCACCAGCAUGCCGGGCCAGGAGGGCGUGCCGAGCGUGUACAGCCCCAUGGCGAGGACGCUCGACGACCUCGCGUACUUCACCCGCGCCGUGGUCGGCAUGCGGCCGUGGGAGUACGACCACUCCGUCCACCCGCUGGAGUGGCGCGGCGGGGUCGAGGGCGAGUUCGCCGAGAGGAAGGUCCUGCGGGUCGCCGUGCUGCGGACCGACGGCGUCGUCGACCCGAGCCCCGCGUGCGCCCGGGCCCUGGGCGCUGCCGAGGAGGCGCUCAGGAGGGCCGGGCACGAGAUCGUCGAGGUGGUCGACCCGCCCGACAUGUACGAGGGGCUCAGGCUGGCGUCGCUGCUCCUCAACGCCGACGGAUGCCAGAUGUUCAGCUCCUUCUUCCGCGCGGGCGAGCGCAACGACCCCGGCGCGGACCAGAUGAAGCGCCUGAUGGGGCUGCCGCGCCCGUUCAGGUACCUGUAUUACCUGUGGGUCAAGUACGUCCGGCGGGACGACGUGUGGGCCGGGCUCGUCAGGGACUGGCGGCCACACAGCGCGUUUGAGAACUGGAAGCUGGUGGAGCAGCGGGAGGCCUACCGUGCCAAGUGGUUCGAGUGGUGGAACGAGGCCGGCGUCGACGUCCUCCUCACGCCGCCGAAUGCCACGCCUGCUGUGCCCCAUGAUGGGAUGAGGGAUGCUGUCAGCAGUUGCGGAUACACCUUCCUCUUCAACCUUCUUGACUACACCGCAGGCGUUAUCCCCGUCACACACGUUGACAAGAACCUGGACGGGCUGCCUAAGGACUUUAAGAUCAGUAAGCUGAACGGCGUCGCUCAGGGGGCGUACAAGCUGUACGAUGCCGAGGCUAUGCACGGCCUCCCGGUCGGGGUGCAGGUUGUUGGGCGCCGGCUCGAGGAGGAGAAGGUGUUGGCAGUGAUGCAGAGACUGGAGGACGCUUUGGGGGAGGAGAAGUACGAGCUUCUCGAGCUUGACUGA